AUGGGUUCUUUCAAUCCUUUUCCUCAGUCUCCCCCAGUGUCGCCUCCCAAUGGCUUCCAGGGUGUCCAAGGCUUUUCGACGCCGUUGUUCCCGGCCAAACCGAACAUUCUCUUCAUCAUGGCCGACCAGCUUGCUGCCCCGUUGUUGAAGAUGCACAACCCCAAGUCUCUGAUCAAGACUCCCAAUCUCGACAAGUUGGCAGAACGUUCAGUCGUGUUUGACUCGGCAUAUUGCAACUCUCCGCUUUGUGCGCCGUCUAGGAUGUGUUUGAUCAGCGGUCAACUGCCUUCCAAGAUCGGCUCGUACGACAACGCCAGCUCCAUUCCGUCCGAGACACCGACAUACGCGCAUUACCUGCGAGCCGCUGGCUACGAAACCACUCUGGCUGGCAAGAUGCAUUUCAUUGGGGAUCAACUCCACGGCUAUGAGAACCGUUUGACUUCUGACAUUUACCCUGGUGAUUUCGGCUGGGCGGUCAACUGGGAUGACCCAGACCGAAGACUCGAGUGGUACCACAACAGCAGCUCUAUCUUACAGGCUGGGCCGUGUGUCAGGACCAAUCAGCUGGACUACGACGAGGAGGUUCUGUACAAGUCAAAGCAGUAUCUUUACGACCAUGCAAGGGCGCCUGCUGGAAAACGGCCAUUCGCCCUUACAGUUUCCUUCACGCAUCCUCAUGACCCAUACGCUAUUGAGGAGAAGUAUUGGGACUUGUAUGAGGACGUGGACAUCGACCUGCCGACCGUGAACAUCAGUGAGGAAGACCAAGACCCGCACAGCAGGCGCUUGUUGCGUGUCUGCGAGCUUGAGGGCCACAAUUUCACAGACGAGCAGAUCAAACGCGCUCGUCGAGCGUAUUAUGGCGCUGUGAGCUACGUCGAUGAUUGUAUUGGCCAGUUGCUUGACGUCCUCAAGAAAUGCGGCAUGGAAGACAACACCGUUGUCAUGUUUUCCGGUGACCAUGGAGAUAUGCUGGGCGAAAGAAGCCUGUGGUACAAGAUGUCGUAUUUCGAAAAUUCCGUUCGAGUACCUAUGUUGAUCAGUCACCCAAAACAAUUCCGUCCCCACCGAGUCUCUCAAAAUGUCUCGACUCUAGAUCUCAUGCCGACUCUUGUGGACUUGAUUGGGUCCAAGCUAGUUCCCGGAUUGCCGAUGGAUGGUCUGUCCUUGUUACCUCAUCUCUACGGCAGUGACGGUGGCCAUGAUACCGUCUUCGCCGAGUAUAUGGGCGAGGGAACCGUGUCUCCCCUGAUGAUGAUCCGACGAGGCGACUGGAAGUACAUCACAUGCCCAGCCGAUCCUCCUCAGCUGUUCAACUUGCGAAAUGACCCGCUUGAGCUCACCAACCUUGCCACUAGCCAGGACCCAGAAACUCUGGCCGUCUGCAAGGCUUUCGAGGAAGAAGCAAAUAGGAAGUGGGACUUCAAGAAAAUCACCGACGAUGUCCUGAGGACUCAGCGCCAACGUCGACUGGUAUGGUCUGCCUUAACCCAAGGCCGCUUUGAGAGCUGGGACUGGAAUCCCAUCGAUGAUGGCCGCGUCAAGUACAUCCGUUCACAAAUUCCCCUGGACGAACUCGAACGGCGAGCUCGAUAUCCCAUGCACACAAACGUGCCGGCCCAAAUUUCUGUCAACAACAAGGCCGAAGUGGUCUGCCUGCAGCCGGAAAAGCUGACCGAGAUUGCGAGCGAACCGGUCCACUAUCGCUGA